CUUAAUAGUGGCAUAAUUCUCAAAUAUGUAUCUCCCUCAUUUGAUGGUAUCACAGUUUGCAUAUCCAGUCAAAGAGAUACUACCACUAGAAUUUGCAGAUCCACAACAGGAGUCAUGUGAUCUACCCAUUGAAAUACUAAUUGGAUCCUACUUUUAUUGGCGAUUUGUCAAAACUGAAAGCCUCAUCUGCAUAAAUGACAUUCUGAUGUUAGUCCCCUCACAUUUUGGCUGGAUUUUGAACAGCAACCGGACUAAUAUCUCAAUUCACCCAGUCCAUGUUAAUAGCAUUACAACCCCUUUGGACCCAAUACUAUGAUCAAUGUGGGAUCUGGACACUCUUGGCAUCCAAGAGUCAGAAGAGAAGUCAUUGACCAACCACGAUGCACAUCUGCUCGAUAGCUUCUGUCACUCCUGGAUCAAGGGAGGAAGGGCAGAGGUUUGUCUGCUCUGGAAACAGAACAUCCUCCUCAAGGAUACAAACCGCACAACUGCUCUGUGACAUUUUGAGGCCCUACAUUGCAAAUUCAGCAAUAUGUACACCUGCCACAUUCUCAACUACUCCAACAGUUAUGUGGAAUGGAUUGAUGAACAAGCAAAAUUACAACAGAUCUACUACCUGCCACACCACACAGCAAUCUGAACCAAACACAAUACUGCCAAAUGGUGUAUCGUAUUCGAUGUGUUUUCUCAUGCAAAAGAGCAUCCUGCUCUCAACGAUGCCUUGGAAGUGGGUUCCAACCUGAUGCUGGACAUCAUAGUAACACUACUCCGCUUUCGUCUUCACAAAAGGGCAUUAGUGGCAAAAGGACAUUAUCUCCAGCUAAUCUUGCACCCUGAUGACCAAGAUGUCACCUGCUUCUUCUGGUUUAAGGUGGUUGCAGAUGAAAGGGGACAGCUACACACUAUGAAGGAAUUGGCUGUCUACCGAUUCCAAAGGCUGCCUUUCAGACUAGCAUCCAGUCCAUUUCUCCUGUUGGCCACCUUCUUGGAACUCAUAGCCAGCUCCACAAUCAGCCAUCCCUCAGAUGCCCAAAUACUGGACAAAGGUCUAUAUAUGGACAACUUCUCAGCAGGAGACCAUACUGACCCCACUGUUAUACAAAUAUAUCAGGACAUUAGAGAUAUGAUGGGUCAGAUCCACCUUCCCAUGACGAAAUUGGCUACCAAUUAUGUAUUGCUGAAGGAGCUGUGGGAAGACAGGAACAUAGCAUACGCUCAGAAAACACAAGUACUCGAAGUAGACUGGGACACCUUAAAGGAUGAACUUCUCAUAGACUACAAUGAUGUUGUUUCAGAUGCUGUGGAACACCCCAGUAUGAAACGCCUGCUACUUGCCGCAUCAUCUCGCUUGUAUGACGCUCUUGGAUUAUUUGCAUCUAUCUCCAUUACAGGAAAAAUCAUUUUCCAACACACUUGGCUCCACGGACUCCAAUGGGAUGAAGUCUUGCCAGCAGAUAUCUCAACUCAUUGGAAACAAUGGUUAGAAGACCUACAACACUUGUCAUUUGUGUCCAUACCAAGAUGGAUCAAAACAACACGUCUAGACCUACAUUUAACAAAAAUUCAUGUCAGCAACAAGUCAACAAACAACAGGCUUCAACAAGUCUUCUGUGAUGCUAGCAAACGUACCUAUGGUGUCAUUAUUUACAUUCGUACCAAUCUUUCAUUAGGCACCUCUACAUGUCUUCUCUGCAGCAAAGCUCAUCUAGCCCCAUCAAAAGGGUUACCUUAUCUUGUCUAGAACACUUGCAGCCUUAGUGGGU